AGGCUGUUAGAUGAAUGGGGCUACUGCAGCUUUUGACCAGUGAUACAAAAAAGUUAUUCUGUGAAUAGUUUUGGGUUGGGAGACUGACAUGAAGCUCUUGAGUUUCUUAAUCUUUAAACUCUUCUUUAUCAACAGUGUUCACUGACUAGAAAUCAUUCUGAUAUGUCCUCUGGCAGUGGUGAGAUAUUUAUCUCAGUCAUUCCGCUCGCUCCAGCUGGCCUAUCUUAUCAUUCAGCUUACCAUCAGCUGACAACUGCAUGCCUUUCCAGUUGGAUAACAAUUAAUCCAGAGACCUAGACUGACUAUCUUGACUACAGCUUGGUGUCUCAAUAUGGACUUCAUCUGGAAAGUUCUUUUUCUCAGCGUUUUAACUGUGUGUGGGCAAGGCAAAGUAUUGACAGGUAGCUUCUGGCACAUCACAGACCUCCACUGGGAUCCAACCUACAGUCUGGGAGAUGGAAACUCAGCAUCAGUUUGUAGCUCGAGUGGAAACCGUCCAACCCCAGAUGCGGGUAAAUUUGGAGACUAUCUCUGUGAUUCACCGUGGGACCUCAUUAAUUCAUCAAUGCAUGCCAUGAGGGAUAUCCUGCCCAAUCCAGACUUCAUCAUUUGGACAGGAGAUGAUACACCUCAUGUGCCCAAUGAGGAUCUGGGAGAAGAAGCGGUCCUGAGAAUAAUUGGAAAUCUCACCCACAUCAUAAAAGUGCUGUUUCCUACCACCAAGGUCUACUCAGCUCUGGGCAAUCAUGACUACCAUCCAAAGAGCCAGCUGCCACCUCAGCAAAACAACAUCUAUGAACAAAUACAAAAGCUAUGGGAAGACUGGCUGGAUCCUUCAUCAAGAGAUACCUUUAAAAGAGGUGGAUAUUACACAGAGAAACUGCUAAAUCAAACUGGCCUCAGAGUUCUGGUUCUCAACACUAAUCUGUAUUAUGACCAGAACAGUGUCACAGAAAACAUCAAAGAUCCAGCAGACCAGUUUAAAUGGGCAGAUCAAGUGCUCUCUGAAGCAACCAAAAACAAGGAAAAGGUAUACAUUGUGGGCCACGUCCCCCCUGGCUUCUUUGAGAAGAAGCGUCACAAGCCGUGGUUUCGGUCUGAGUUCAAUAAAAACUACUUGGAGCUUAUACAGAAGUACCAUGCUAUCAUAAUCGGACAGUUCUUUGGUCAUCACCACACUGACAGCUUUCGAAUGUUCUACGAUACAUCAGGAGUUCCAAUUAGUGCCAUGUUCCUGACUCCAGGAGUUACACCUUGGAAAACAACACUGCCUGGAGUAGAGGAUGGGGCAAAUAACCCUGGCAUUCGAGUUUUUGAGUAUGAUGACAAAACACUUUUGGUUAAGGACAUGGUGACUUAUUACUUGAACCUGACGCAUGCAAACAUUGCACGUGCACGUUGGGAGAAGGAGUAUCGUAUGACUGAAGCGUUCAGAGUGCCAGAUGCCUCUCCAGCCUCCAUGCAUCGUGUUUUGGAACGGAUAGCAGGAGAAAACUGUUACCUGCAGAAGUACUACGAGUUCAACUCAGUGAAUUAUGACCUGACAGUGUGUGAUGCAGACUGCCGUAUUGAUCACGUGUGUGCUAUACGAGAGGUGGACGUUGAGGAGUAUCAACACUGUGUGGUAAAGGAGGGGGCAUCCUCUGCUGCCCCCGCACUGCUGACUGUGGCUCUAGCAGCAACUUUCAGCAUGUGGGCCAGCUACUAAUAUAAGUGCUUCCACUGUUACAUCCACAAAGGCUGCACUUCACUCAAGUACCUCUGCAAAAUUGCUCUCAUUGUAUCCCUCUUCAUUUUUUCUUCAAUGUGAGUUAUUAUUUUACUUUAAAUCAAGAGAUGAAGGCAAGGAUACCAGAAAGUGAGAGCUCAUUAUGGUUUUAAUUAGACAAGUUCGGUCUCAAAAUUGAUAUGUGGUAAACAGCUUCUGAUUUACAUGGUUUGCUGUGUGGUGCCUAAGCCUAAGAGCCAUGUACCAUAGUGUUUAUACAAUAUGCACUAAUAUAUAUAUAAACAUACGAUAAAACAAGUUAAUAACAUGUUACACCAUGACACUGGUAUAAGAAUAUGUCCGUUUCAUGGUGUUAAAAAAUAUUUCAAACACAAUAAUGGUGUUUAUUAUUGUAAGUUUUAUGACCAAACAUUUUUUAAACCCAUUAUCAUGACUGCCUCUUCUUUAGUGCUGUGAUAAAACAGACAGGCAGAACCUAUUGAUAAAAAAUUAAUGAUAAUAUUUUAUGGGUUUUUAUGAACUAACAUAACAAUUUAUCUAUGGACAGCCAUCAUAAAAACUGAUUCAACCUUU